CGUUCCCUGUGGCACUCAUGGAAUAUUUGACAGGUGAAUUAUUGGAAGGUUCUUGUUUUUAAACAAAUUGUUCAGAUUUAUCAAUGAGAAAUUUCAUUAAUGCUUGAAAAAUAAAAAAUUAAGCAAGACAUUAGUAAUGGCUAGAGAUUAUGAUCAUUUAUUCAAAUUACUUAUAAUAGGGGACAGUGGUGUAGGUAAAAGUUCCUUACUACUCAGGUUCUCAGACAAUACAUUCACUGGAAGCUACAUAACUACCAUAGGAGUAGAUUUCAAAAUCAAAACCGUUGUUGUUAAUGGACAAAAAGUUAAGCUACAAAUAUGGGAUACUGCAGGCCAGGAAAGAUUUAGAACCAUUACCAGCACAUACUAUAGGGGUACACAUGGUGUUAUUGUUGUGUAUGAUGUAACCAAUGGAGAGAGUUUCGCUAAUGUUAAGAGGUGGCUUCACGAAAUCGAACAGAACUGUGAUCUAGUGAAUAAAGUUUUAGUUGGAAAUAAAAAUGAUACUCCGGAACGUAAGGUUGUUCUGACAGAAGAUGCUCAACGUUUUGCUGACACUAUGAACAUUCAGUUGUUUGAAACGUCAGCAAAAGAUAACAUAAAUGUAGAAGAAAUGUUCCUUUCAAUCACACGAUUGGUGCUGAGAUCAAAAUUAGAAUUGAUAGAAAGGCAGAAUGUAACGCAAAACGAUACUGUCAAUUUAAGAAAAACUAACAAGCAGGGUAAAAAGAAUAAAUGUUGUUAGCGGUGCAAUUUUUUAUUUCAAAAAUCGUUCAGAUUUUUUUGGGGGAAUCAUGACAUAUUUCGAAAAGUCUUACAACGAUUCAAGUACCGGAAAAAUAUUUUAGGACACCCUGUACAUAACCAUAAUGUGUAAAUAUAUAAGAAUAUUUUAAUUAACAAAAAUAAAGAAGUUAUUUUGAUUGAUUUGUAGAAGUUGUGCAUCUAUCAAUGUACGUUGUAAUGUUUUCAAGGUUUCCAUAAAAUAUUUGAUAUUAUUUCGGUCGGCACUUUAAUUGGUAGGAAUUGAUUAUAUACUAUCUAAAUGAAAAUUGAUAGAUGUGAAACUGCUGUUGUUGUAGUCAACCAGUAACAGGUUCAGCGUUUAUAUAUGAAGUUUUUUGUUAUGUGUUCCUAACAUUCCAUUAAAAUAAAACCAGGUUGUUUUCUCUUGAAUUUUUUAUAAAUAAUACUUUUGAAGUAUUCUAUAUUCCACCAGUUUUUUCAUUAAAUCUGCACUAUGACCAAAAAAUAUAAGUAUAUAAAUUCGGAACCUGUCGUUCAUGUGACUGAACUCUCUGAAAUAUCCUGAGUUGAAACAUACAACUACGAGUAUGUUAAAUUGCAGAAGUUUCCACAAAUAUGUACUAGAAAAUUAAUAUUUUGAAAUAUCCAUCUUCCAACUACGUACACCGUAGGUUCUUCCCUGGCUAA